AUGCUAGCCUUCCGGACCCAGGGCUAUAACGGCUACGGCGUUCAGUACCUGCCCUUUUUCGACGAUAAGCUUGCCGUGGCCACCGCGGCGAACUACGGGCUCGUGGGGAACGGACGCCUCUACAUCCUACAGAUUGACCCGCUGGGCAAUAUCAUCUCCCCGAUCCUGUGGGAGACUCAGGACGGACUUUUUGACGUUGCCUGGAGUGAAUUAAACGAAAACCAGGUAGCGGUGGCCAGUGGUGACGGCCUGAUUAAGUUGUUCGACGCUACCGUGGCGCAAUUCCCGGUGAUGAACUACCACGAACACACGCGAGAAGUGUUCAGCGUCAAUUGGAACAUGAGGGAUAAACAGAUGUUCUCUCUGGCAUCGUGGGACGGGCUGAUAAAAGUGUGGUCCGCUGACCGUGUCCAAUCGUUGGUGACAUUGCAACUGGCGAUGCCACAAGGUCCCCCUGGUCCUGCCGGUCCUGUGGGGGUGAACACCGCUACCGCUCAGCUGUCAGUACCCAUGAGCCAUCAAAAACAGCACCAGGGCACUGCAAACCCUAGUCAGUGCGUAUACACUGCCAUUUUCUCCCCCCACCAGCCGCAAGUGCUCAUGUCGUGCAACGGUGGUCUGAAAGUGCAAAUAUGGGACAUCCGUGCUCCCCAACCGCUCCAGCAAGAAUUUAUUGCCCACAAUGGCAUGGAGGCUCUUUCCUGCGAUUGGAACAAGUACCGGCCUACAGUGAUUUGUCUGGGAGGCACUGACAAGGCGGUGAGAGUAUGGGACUUGCGGAUGGUGGGCGCCGGCCAGGCGAAUAUCCGGGGCCCUACUCCCGUAAACGAGUUCAUUGGCCACCAGUUUGCCGUGAGAAAGUGUCAGUGGAGCCCCCACGACGGGCACGAGUUGGUGCUGGUGUCGUACGACAUGACGGCACGGGUGUGGCGUGACGAGAGCGACCUGGGGCGCCUGUUCAACGGCGGGGCGCUUGGGGUGAUGGGCAAGCACCGCGAGUUUGUCAUUGGUUGCGACUACAGCUUAUGGGGCCAGCCGGGGUGGGUCGCCACCACGGGGUGGGACGAGAUGGUGUACGUGUGGGACUCACAUAGACUUUAA